CCGCAGCAGCUGUUGUUGGGACUACAAUAUUUACACCAAAAAGAAAUCACGCAUGGUGACAUUAAGGGAGCGAAUAUCCUUAUUGAUGCUGAUGGAUGCAUUAAACUUGCAGAUUUUGGAUUUUUGGUCUAUCUAAACAGGGUGCACAACUCUGGAUGGCUCCUGAAGUCCUUCUCCAGAAGGAUCUGCAUAAUUGCAGAUUUACUGAUAAGCCUGAUAUAUGGACUGUGGGGUGCACUGUUAUUGAGAUGGCCACUGGAGAUCCUUGGAGGGGAAAUUACCACGCUGGGGCCUCUUUUCUCAAACAUAUGGAGAAAUCAGAUUCUGUUCCUCCAAUCCCCGACAAUCUUUCUUCUUAUGGGAAACAAUUUUUGAGACGAUGUCUGCAAAGGGAACCAAAUUUGAGGGCAUCUGCAUCCCAGUUGCUUGAGGAUCCAUUCAUAACCAGGAAAAACUUCAGGCACCCAUCUGGAGCUGGUACAGUUGUUGGAGCUGUUGCUGCCACCGUCAUCCACCAGCAACACGUAGUUACCCCAGCUGCUCCCAAGCAACGCAUUGUUACCCCAGCUGCUCCCAAGCAACGGCUUGUUAUCCCUGCUGCUCCCAAGCAACGGCUUGUUAUCCCUGCUGCUCCCAAGCACCGGCUUGUUAUUCCCGCUGCUCCCAAGCAACGGCUUGUUAUCCCUGCUGCUCCCAAGCAACGGCUUGUUAUCCCCGCUGCUCCCAAGCAACUCGUUGUUAUCCCCGCUGCUCCCAAGCAACGCAUUGUUACCCCGCUGCUCCCUCCCAAGCAACACAUGGUUACCCCUGCUGCUCCCAAGCAGCGCAUUGUUACCCCAUCCACACAACGCGUUGUUCACUCAGUUGCUUCACGUCCUGCUGCUAGUCAAGCUACCCGACCUCCAGUCCACUCCAGUUCUCGUUCACAUUUGAGUUCCAAUUCCGGUGUGAAUAACAGUUCAUCUGUGAGCCUGAACUCCAGCUCCCAUUUGAGUUCCGGUACACAUUUGAGUUCUAGUUCACUGCUGACUAACAGUUCACGCAUGAGUAACAACUCCCGUUUGAGUACCUGGUCGGGUCCCAAUGCGACAUCCAUAUCUGGUUCCAAAUCCAGAUCUAGUCCCUCGCAACAUGUAACGAAACACAAUAUGUUUUCCAAAGCAUCUUGAGUUUGUCUGGGUUGUUUCAAAGAUAACCACAUCAGCUCCUGAUCCUAUCACCUCCCAAACGCAACAUGCUUGCCUUGCUUAGCUGUAGCACUGUUGCCUACAAAAUUUCUUGUAUACAUGAGGCUUUAUACCUUUUAAAAAACACUGAAUAAGUAAUGAGAUUCCAAUAUCAUAUUCUAUCACAGAAAGAAUGUAUUUUUACCUCAUU